GCGGUAACAGCAGCGGCCAUGGAGGGCGGCGGGCGGCCGUCGCUGGCGCAGGCCGCGCUGCUGGCUGCCAGCACCGCACUCACCGCCCUCGUCUGCUCCGUGUACCGGCACCGGGCCCGCGUCGCCAGAGGCCUCGAGGGCGCCAGGAGGGUCCGGCUGGACGGGGACCUACGGGCGGUGCUGCUGGAAGCGCCGGGGCGCUGCGUGCCCUACGCGGUCAUCGAAGGGGUGGUGCAGUCCGUGAAGGAGACCCUGAGCAGCCAGUUUGUGGAGAACUGCAAGGGCGUCGUGCAGCGGCUGACGCUGCAGGAGCACAAGAUGGUGUGGAACCGAACAACACACCUCUGGAAUGACUAUGAGAAGAUCAUCCACCAGAGAACCAACACAACUCCCUUUGACCUGGUCCCUGCGGAGGAAGGCGCGACCAGCAUCACCGUGAGGGUGAUGAAGCCUCUGGAUGCAGCUGAGCUCAGCCUGGAGACAGUGUAUGAGAAAUUCCACCCCUCUGUCCAGUCCUUCACGGAUGUCAUCGGCCACUACAUCAGCGGGGAGCGCCCCAAGGGCAUCCAGGAGACAGAGCAGAUGCUGAAGGUGGGCACGGCGCUGACUGGGGUGGGUGAGCUGGUCCUGGAUAACGCCACCAUCAAGCUGCAGCCCCCGAAGCAGGGCAUGCCCUACUACCUGAGCACCAUGGAUUUUGACUCCUUGCUCCAUAGACAAGAAUCCAGCGUCCGGUUCUGGAAAAUCCUGACUGUGGUUUUUGGCUUCGCUACCUGUGCCAUCCUCUUUUUCAUCCUCCGGAAGCAAUACCAGCACCACCGCGAGCGGCAGCACCUCAGGCAGAUGCAGGAUGAGUUCCGGCAGGCACAGGAGCGACUCAUGAGGGAAAUGAACGUGGAGGGGGGAGAGACACUCAAAAAUGCCUGUGUCAUCUGCUUGAGCAACACCAAAUCCUGCGUGUUCCUGGAGUGUGGGCAUGUGUGCUCCUGCAACGAGUGCUACCAGGCGCUGCCUGAGCCCCGGCGGUGCCCCAUCUGCCGGCAGGGCAUCGCCAGGGUGGUUCCUCUCUACAACAGUUAAACUCAGUGCCUGCAGGGGGGAGCUUUUCUCCUCUCACAAAGGGGCGUUCUCACCUCAUUGCUUGGGUCUGGGGGAGGGGAGGGAGCUUGAGUGAGCGGGUGCUUCAACUUGGGGGCCAGAGCCAGGGCUUAAAGGUGAUGGUACAGCUGAUGGGGGCUCACAUCAUGCUCCAGAGGUGUGGGGGGGGAGAUGAGUCCUCACAAUGGGCUUGGUGCUUGGCUGGGAGACACAGUGAAGCUCUUCUGUUAGGAGUUGGACUCCAAGGGUUUGCUUCCUAAACCUGCAGGCCCUUACUUGGCUUAUAAAACAUGGUGGGGGGAAAUAAAGCAUAUUGAGGAUUCUCAGGGGCUGCAGAAUUUGAGCCACACUGGCACCCAGUGCCAGGGAGUGGGUUUGUGUGUGAACACAAGUGAUUCUGCCAUCAUCCACAACGUUGGUUUGGGACUGUAUUGCACCAGGACACAAGAAUGGGGAGGAAACAUGCUGUGGCUUGAGCUGGGAUAGCAAAAUAGGGUGCAAAGUAAUAAAACAGGCUCAAAAGCA